GUCCAAAUUUGGAGUAUUUGUCUCUGUUGUCCAAGACCCUGCGUAUGAACGCGUUCACGCUCCUUGUUCUUUAACUUCUCCUCUACUGACGAACGACUAUCAUGGCAUCGCAGCAGCCUCCACUCCAGCUCCUCAGCCUUCCAACGUACAGUACCACCUCAUCAUCGCGGCUGCAAGCACUUUACUCGAAUAACAUAUCCUGGCAGAAGAAUUCGGAUCCCGCUGGAUUUCACGCGAGCAUCGAAUGGUGGCGGAGAACUUUUGAAGCUUUUGUCGCCUCUGGGAUACAAACCAACAUAUCUAGCAGACUGGUAUUGAAUGCCUCUGCGAGGAUAAGUGAAAGCCUGAGGGUCGAGGGCGUCGGAAAACCGGCUGGCUUGAGUACAGUCAUUACGCCACCUGCAUUGAUUCCUCUUUCCGCUUUCCUAUCUUUGCCACAGUCCAUCUACGCAUCACAUUCACUCCUUCAUAUCCUGCCCUCGCUAGUCGCCCGUUCUGGUGGGCAUUGGGUACAAAUAGGUGUCGAUGGACUUUUCUUUUCAAACGCUGGGGACUCGAAGUGGCACGGGGAGUAUGUCAUCAUGAGCCUACUAGAACGCGCCGCCGAGAGAAUCCUGGCGGAACAGAAGGCAAAAUCUGGAGGCCCAAGUGAUGGGAUAUACAGCGUAGAAAGAUUCCGCCUGGACUUUGCUGCCUGCAUCAACGAGACUCACAUUAUGAGUGAAAUGGAUGCGAAAGUUCUUAUCAAAUUCUUGGAAAGGGAUAAGAACAUCAUUACCGUUGAUAAGGAGGUAAUUAAGUUUAUCGACAAGGAUGCUCCCCCAGAGACGUGGCGAAUCACUGCCGUUGAUCGAGGCGUACUGGAACUUAAAUCGGCCGUCGCCAAUCUUCAUGGUCAAAUCGAAGGCCUUCAAAAGAAGAUUGACCUUUCCACCCAUAAAGCUGCAGAAGCUUUGAGGCAGAAACGACAACUACAAGACGUACUGGUUAAACGACUCGGUGCGCUUGACACGCUAGAGAGCACCCUCAUUAGGGUUGAAGCAGCAGCCGCAAAUGUUCAUAUACUCGAAUCAUAUGCUCAAUCUACCUCUACCCUCCGUGCUAUCCUCUCACAUCCAUCGCGAUGGCGGAAGCCUAAUGCCGAUGCCAAAGAGAUAGACGAAGCCGUACGCAUCGGCGGAGACAUUGCAGUUGGAACAAAUGAAAUCUUUGAUGAAGAUGAAUUGCAAGCAGAGCUGAACGGGUUGAUACAGGAAAGUAAGGAGGAGGAAGAUAUGAAAGCCCUGGAGGAGAAGCAACGAUUGAAGAAAGACGAAUUGACUGUGCAAGACGUGGACGGGACGAUUGCUGAGGAAACCAAGAAAAUGGCAAUCCUCCAAAUUUAA